AUGUUUUCGUUGUCCAAUUGUUUGUUAUCGUGUAUUAUUCCACUUCUGUUUAGUACAAAAACAUGUUCAGGCGACCUCCCCGGGCCCUGGCUAGCUCUCUACUCGCCCGGCGAGCCAGAGUACACAGACGUGGUAGUUCGCCGCGUGCACGAGAACGUCACACUAGUGUGUGAACUGCGAGGCGAUGCUAGCGCCACGCCGCGGAUAUACGUGUGGAACUACAUGAACGAUAACUCCACUAGUGGCGACCUGAUCUUGAAAGGUGAUCCCAAAGGUCCAGCGGUGAACAGUACAUUGACCAGGUUCGACCUGCAGGAGUCAGACAGCGGCCAGUAUAUGUGCUCGGCGCCGCCAUUCAGCGUCACCAAGUAUUUAGUUGUUCAGACUAAGGGUCCCCAAUUCUGCCGUCGCGGCGCGUUCGGUUGCGGGUCGCGUUGUAUAGCAGCGCAGUAUGUAUGCGACGGCCGCAGAGACUGCGAGCUCGCCGAGGACGAGGCCAUUCAUAUGUGUCCACCGCUGGGAUGUGCGCGUAGCGACAAGUUGAACUGUUCGUCAGGCCGCUGUAUCUCUGAGUCAGCGUGCUGCCGCGCGGCCAGCGCGCUGUGUCCGCAGCCGGCCUGCUGCGACGAGCACCCGCGGUACUCCCGGCUGGAAGGCUACGUGGACGUGGAGUACCCGCCCUUGUUCGAGGACCGGCACGCCGGCGACGACUACGGGUUCAUACAGUCCACCAUCUACACUGUCACCGCGUGCGCCCUGAUCUUCAUGAUAGCGGUGGUGCUGCUGGUGUCUGCGCUGUGCAAGAUGCACAUGAAGCGAGCCGCACUACGCAGCUACGCACACGCGGACCGAGCCACCAGGCAUCACUACACCAUGCAGUACGCACAGACGCACCGCUUCCCCCCGUGCUACGAAGCGUCCCGGCUACUGGAGCAAGACGCCAGGGACGACGCCGCGCCGCAUGACGUCAGGCCCACCCAGUGCGGCACGGAGUGUCCCCCAGUGGAACCUGUCCCGGAGCCCGACACUGGCGCAGAGCGAGGCAGCUUCGGACUCGCUCGGCUCUCUGCUAUAUUCUCCUCGAGAUACAGACAGGUACCAACACAGAGCGACGUGGAACUAACAAACGUGCGCUCGACAUCUCUAAACAACUCCCCGACCAGGAACCGAACCCUAGACAACUACCGCAGCCCAACAUUCUGCGACCUAAACGCAUCAGAGUUCUACUUCACGAACCCUGAAACUGGAGAUUUCGCAAGAGAUUUGAACUACAUGGCGAGACCAGUGGACUAUAUGAGGCGAAACUCAAAUACCACCUUAGAACGGGUGAUUGACCAACUCGACCGGCAGCGACUGACCCUACAACUAGGUAGGUUCCAACUGACCAUUCCCAGGUUCGGACGCCGGGCUGAGACCGACAGGCGACCGGACACGCCCAACGUGGCUGAAAUCAACAUAGAUGACCUUGAUUUUGUUCGGAUGACGUCUCACGAUACUUAUACACUCAAUGGACGGACUAUACGUCUUCUGGGGGCGAAUUUCGAAAAUUAUCCCGUUUUACCCGAUGGGACGAGACCUCCGCCCUACAAUGAGGCAAUGAGGUGCAAAUUUUUCGGACCUCCUCCGGAAUAUUUGAGCCGCGAAGGCCUCAAUGCUAGGGUCGAUGAGGAAGCGAGGACGAACGUUGAAAUGCCGCCUUGCUACGACGAUUUAGGUGAUGGAGCUAGCUCUAGCAACAACAACGGGGAGUCGAACCUCAACACGGUGAGAGAUAGAUCGUUAGCAGCGCCCUCAACAACGGAAAAUAACGAUAACGUGAACAAUAACGCGAGUACGUCGCAGGCAACUGUCGACAACGUUGACGCUAACAUGAAUGUUGCCAGUAUAAGUUCCAUAAUUAAUAACUUGCCCGCGAUAGAUAGUGACGUCAACGCCAACGAUACAACGGUUAACUGUUAA